UCCAACCUGCAGAUUCAUUGAGAGCAGCAUCCAAAAUGGUUUUUCUCGCAGUUCUUGUGGGCUCCCUGCUGAUGUUAACAGCUGAGGCCAAAGUUGGAAAUGCCUCUGAUGCGGAGUUCUGUUUUGAGACAGAACAAUGCCUUCUGUUUGAUGUGAUUUGUGAGACUGAUGACUAUGAGGUGCGCCACUACGAUUCAGUAAAAUGGGUUUCAACUAAUGAGAGAUCUUUUAUGAUGGAAAUGGCAGCAAUGAGAGCCUUCAGACGGCUCUACGGCUACAUCACUGGUGAUAAUGAGCACGGGAAGAAAAUUGACAUGACCACUCCUGUUGUUGUGAAAAUGGUUGACAAGAAGUUCUGGCAAAGGGGCACAUACACGAUGAGUUUCUUGCUCCCGGCUGAACAUCAGAAGAAUCCUCCUAAACCCACCAAUUCAGAGGUGUUCAUCCAUGAAACUCCAGAUGUGAACGUGUAUGUGAGGAGUUAUGGAGGCUGGAUGACAGCCUUGGAAGACGACAGACAGACUAGAAACCUGUAUGGAGCUCUCGACGAAGUCGGUGCCAAAUAUCAGAAAGGCUAUCACUUCGCUGUCGGAUACAACAGUCCCAUGACAAUGUUUAACCGUCACAAUGAGGUGUGGGUUGUUGUUGAGGGUGACCCGGUGUGUCCUGCCUUCGAGGAACCCUGAUGAUGAAGCUCUCCUGCCCAGUCAGCUUUAGUUCACC